GACAAAAACAAAAAACAAACAAAAAAACAGGAACAAAAUGUAUACUUAUUUGGGAAAAAUGGAUCAUGGUUAACAACAGCAAAUGUGAAUGCCCCUUCCUACCCACCCACCCAUGAAUGUCUUAUCCAAAUUACUAGUUUAAGAUGGCCUCCUGGGGUGUGUCUUCCCUGGGCUUCUACUGGGGGCUCCCAGGAGGGCACGGUCCCCACAGUGGACUGGUUUUGCCUAGGCCCUGCCCAGCAGAGAUCAUGUAUCGCCUCCUGGGGCUGCGGCCCGUCCUCAAAGGUCCCAGACCUCACAAUACCGCCCUGUGGUUGCCACAGGACACCAUGGAAUGGUGUUGUGCCCCCAUGUGGUAGGAAAUGGCUCUGUAUCUAGUCCCAUCUGCAGCGCCAGAGCGGGAGUGUGUCAAGUCACAGCAAUUAUCUGUGAACUGCUAACCUGGAGAUGCCAGACAGUACUUCCGCGUGCUGCUGGCAAGCAACGGGAAGACACAGUCAAGUGGCGUCAAAUAUUUUAAGAUGGCAGGUUGGACCAGGCUUGCUUUUUUCAAAUAGUCCAAUAACAUUUAGCUCAAACCAGUCAACUUCAAGUCAAUGUAAAAACAAAAAAACCAAAAACCAACCUUCAUCUGUUACUGACAUUGAACAGAACUGGGCUUCUGUAAGAUAUAUAUAUAUAUCCCUGUCCACAAAGGGGCAAAUACAUUUGGCCUCUGUGCCAAGUAGCUUGAUGGCAAUUUGGUCUUUCCACCUGAACUGCACUCCACUAGAGCUUUUAAGAUCAUACUAAGAGAAGGACACUAGCUUUACUUUGAAACUAGGCGACAGUAGCCAUAUAACCCUUGGCGGCUACUGAAAAAUACUGUUCUGUGCUCCAGCUGCGAAGCAACCUGUACAAAAAAACCCAACCCAGCAGACUUACUAGAGAUGGGGGAGGGGAGCACAAGACAGGGAUUGAUACCAUCUGUGCCACAGAAAACCAGUCCCAAUACAUUUGAACCAUUUCUUCAAAAAUCUUCGGCGCACACAAAGGGCAUCAAUCCUUCCUACAUCCUUCCCAGAGCAGACAUAAUCACUUUAGCUACUAAGAGCAGAGAGGGCCAGUCCAACUGGGGAUCGCAGCCACCAUCGCCUGUUGGGCAGAGUGGGGAAGCAACAGCCGAGAAAGUGGUACAUAACAAGGACUUUCACAAAACAGUUGGCAUGAGUUUAAAAUUUGCAGACUUGGGUAUGUCAUACCAAAAAGCCUGCACCCCUAUCCUCACUCUAAACUCUAGAGCAUGACUCCCCUCCAUUUAACACUGAAUUUCAAAAGUGGGCAGAGCAGAAGAAUCUUCUGGAAGGGUGUUACGAGCGGACUCGGGAUGUGGGGGUCCGUGUGGAAAGAACAGACGGAUUUUUUUUUCCUCUCCUGGCGAAUGAGGAGCGCCCCCCGCCACCCCUCCUCCUCAACAGCGCCCUCCCCACCAAGCGCGCAUGCGCACUCAGAUGGCAGGAGGGUACACGGCCACCAGGGCUGCGGCAGUGCGCCCAACAGCGGACUCCGAGACCGGUAGACCUCAGCGAAUCCUCGCUCUCCACCACCCACUCUCAGAACCAUGGCCGCAGUGACAGCAGCUUCAGCAGAACUGCUAAUCAUCGGUUGGUACAUCUUCCGCGUGCUGCUGCAGGUGCUCCUGGAAUGCUGCAUUCACUGGGUAGGAUUCACUUUUGGAAAUCCUCCAGGGACACAGCCCACUGCAAGAAGUGAGGUGUUCAGGUACUCCCUGCAGAAGCUGGCACACACAGUGUCCCGCCGGACCGGGCGGCAGAUGCUGGGAGAGCGCAGGCAGCAAGCCCCCAACUGAGGUCCCAGAUCCCAGCCCUGGGCGGCCAUGUCAUCAAGUGCUCCUGCGCUUCUUGACCAGCAUGGGAGCCAGUGCCGCGCAGUAAU